AGGAACUGUGGAUGGAACGGGAAGCUGAGGAGCCAAAUAUUUUAUGGAAGGCCUACGUGUAGAGCCUGAUGCUUGACCGAAUGCAGAAUGAAAAUGCUUCCUGGAGUGGGUGUGUUUGGAACCGGCAGCACCGCCCGGGUACUGGUGCCCUUGCUGAGAGCCGAAGGCUUCUCCAUCGAAGCGCUCUGGGGGAAGACCGAAGAGGAGGCCAAACAGCUGGCAGAGGAGAUGAACAUCUCCUUCUACACGAGUCGGACUGACGACGUCUUGCUGCACCAGGACGUAGACUUGGUUUGCAUCAACAUCCCUCCGCCGCUAACUCGGCAAAUUGCCGUGAAGGCUCUAGGAAUAGGGAAGAACGUGAUCUGUGAGAAAGCUGCUACCUCCCUGGAUGCCUUCAGGAUGGUCACGGCUGCCAGGUAUUACCCCAAGCUGAUGAGCAUCGUUGGCAACGUUCUCCGCUUCUUGCCCGCCUUUGUGAAGAUGAAGCAGUUGAUAGAGGACCGCUACGUGGGCAACGUGAUGGUCUGCGACGUGCGCGUGUACGGGGGAAGCUUGCUCAGCCACAAGUACAACUGGAUCUGCGAUGAGCUGAUGGGCGGAGGGGGUCUGCACACGAUGGGCACCUACAUCGUCGACCUCCUGACGCACCUCAUCAGCCGGAGAGCGGAGAAGGUCCACGGGUUGCUCAAGACUUUCGUGAAGCAGAACACUGCCAUAAGCGGGAUCCGCCACGUCACUAGCGACGACUUCUGCUUUUUCCAGAUGUUGAUGAGCGAGGGCGUCUGUUGCACCGUGACCCUCAACUUCAACAUGCCUGGAUCGUUCCUCCACGAAGUCAUGGUCGUCGGGUCUGCCGGUCGCCUCGUAGCUCGCGGCACGGACCUGUACGGGCAGAAAAACACGGCACUCCAGGAAGAACUGCUGUUUACAGACGCUCUGACUGUCAACAAGGGCCUUUUGGACAAGGGGUUUAAAGACAUCCCGUUGCUCUACCUAAAAGGAAUGGUGUACAUGGUGCAAGCGCUGCGGCAGUCCUUCCAAGACCAGGAAGACCGUCGGACGUGGGAUCAUCAACCUGUCUCCAUGGCAGCCUCUUUUGAGGAUGGUCUCUACAUGCAGAGUGUGGUAGAGGCCAUCAAGAAAUCCAGCCGGUCGGGGGAGUGGGAGGCUGUGGAGGUGAUGACCGAGGAACCAGAUGCCAAUCAAAACCUCUGUGAG